CAGCCAGCUACAGCUAACUCCUGCAGUCUAUCUCCACAGUCCUCACUCAGUCCAGCCCAGCAGCACACAGCUCCUCACUGCUACACCAGCACUGCUACCUCCUAUUUACCACUUGCUUUUUACAAUGAGAGAAAAGCACUGAGGACAUGAAGAGUGGGUCCUUCAGUGACUGACUCUAGUUCUGGAUCAGAGACGAGCAAAAUGGAACCAGUAACAAAGUGGACUCCCAGUCAGGUGGUGGACUGGAUGAAAGGCCUGGACGACAGUCUCCAACAGUACAUUCCGAACUUCGUGAAGGAGAAGAUCAGCGGAGAGCAGCUGCUAAAGAUCUCCCACCAGGACCUGGAGGAUCUGGCCAUGAGUCGCAUCGGACACCAGGAGCUCAUCUUGGAGGCUGUAGACCUGCUCUGUGCUCUGAACUAUGGGGUGGAGACUGAUAACCUGAAGACUUUGGUUGGCCGGAUGAGGGCAGCGUCCUAUAACCUGCACAACUGCGCUUCAGAGAGGAGGAAAAAUCCCUCAUAUGAGAGCAGCACUUCCAGCAAACCACCUAAUGAGUUCCUAACUGCAGUGGUGGAGCUCAUAGGGACAGCCAAGAGCAUGCUGGCCUGGCUGGACAGGACUCCUCUGACGGGCAUCAGUGACUUCACCUCCACCAAGAACAGGAUCAUCCAGCUGUGCUUGGAGCUCACCACCACUGUACAAAAGGACUGCACUGUGUAUGAAAUGGAGGAGAAGAUAUUGGAAGUGGCUCGAGUUUUGACUGGAAUCUGUGAUGCAACCAUGAGGAUGACAUCUGAUCCCUUAAAGAACCGCACAGCCUGUCUAGAGGAGGUUCACAUCACCAACAUCAAGCCAGGAGAGGGCCUAGGAAUGUACAUUAAAUCCACCUAUGAUGGAUUACAUGUUAUCACAGGAACCACAGAACACUCACCUGCAGACAGGACUCAGCGGAUCCACGCAGGAGACGAGGUGGUGCAGGUCAACAGACAGACAGUGGUGGGCUGGCAGCUGAAGAACCUGGUAGCAAAGCUAAAGGAGGAUCCUCAGGGUGUUGUUCUGACUCUGAAGAAGAGGCCUUCAGGAACCUGCAGUUUCACCCCUGCUCCAUUAAAGAACCUCAGAUGGAAGCCCCUGGCUGGGCAGAACGGCCCUUAUGCUCCCGCAGCCCAGGUACCCCAGCCUCCUGUGGAGAACAGUGUUAAAAAAGAGAAGCCAGCCAUAUUGGACCUGUACAUCCCCCCUCCCCCGGCUGUGCCCUACGCUCCACGAGAUGUAAAGUCCAGUGUCUGUUCUGGUGUGACGAUGAGGACAAAACGUCAUGAAUCACCCAACUCAUCUCUGGACCGGGCAGGCAGGCGGCGCUCCAACCUCUCUGACUACAUCGCCAACCAGCCGGUCAUUGUCGUCCCCCCACCAGAACCUGUAGUCCCACAGGCCAGACUCCGCCAACGCACGCCCUCUAGAGGAAAGCCGCGGCCCGUGUCCAUGCCGGCAGACGCCUGUCUGGGCCUAUCCCACUCUCCCUGCCCACCCCGCGGGCUGGGAAGGAAAGGUGAAGACGCAUUGCGGCGCUAUCUGAGUAAUGAAAGAAUCCCCACCAUCUCAGAGGAGUCCCCAUGUUACCCCGUCCCGUACAGACCCACAGGUGCACGGCUGGUCCGAGGGGUCGACCACAUCCGGGGCAGUCAGUGUUUCAUCAAUGCUGAUCUGCACAACAGCGCCACCAUUCCAUACCAGGAGGCAGUGGCCAGGAAAAAAACUUCAAAAAGCUCCAAAAGACCUCCAUCAGAGUCCUCCCUGUUCAGCAGCUGGCUCUCUAAACUCAAACUCUUCUCACAUUAUCUGAGAGGUUUCUCAUUAGUCAGCAUGUCCUCCUCCACCACAGUGUUCCUGAGAGCCAUUUUAUACACAACCUGGAAACUGCAGUUACUCCAAUGCUGGCUGCAGAACUUGCUUUCUCCUCCCUCUGCUUCACCAGUGGAGAUCAACAUGGAUCAGUCUAUUCCUCUCCAAGACUUUACCAGUGUGAGGUGUCAAGAUAAUGUUGUGAUGAGUCGGAGGAGAGUGUCGGUGAAGGACCUUGGAAAGGUGGACUGUCAGGGCUGGCUGUACAAAAAGAGAGAGAACAGAGGAUUUCUGGGGCAUAAAUGGAAGAAGUACUGGUUUGUGCUGAAGGGAAGCUCUGUGUACUGGUACACCGGGGUAUCGGACGAGAAGGCAGAAGGAUACAUCAACCUGAAAGACUUUACUCUGGACCAGGCACAGGAGUGCAGAAAGAAGUUUGCGAUUAAAGCCAGCCACCCGCAGGUUGUGACUCUCUUCUUUGCAGCUGAGAAUACGAAAGACAUGCACAAGUGGUUGAGUAAGCUAACUGAAGCUGCCAGCAAGCAGGAGCCCACAGACACUGCGGGUGAAGAGUGUUACAGUGAAGCCAGUGAUGAUGAGGAUGAGGAGCAAGAUUCAGCAGAAACGUGUGCACAGGACACUGAGCAGCUCACCACCAGCUCCAUCAAUGGCUGUUUCCCUCCUCCACGCUCCUGUUCCUCUCCAUGUCCAGUGAUGAUUCCCCUGGUGUCUCCCGUUGGUAACAGUACAGAUUGUGCAAGUUCAGACACAGAGUCAUGGCUGGAGCUCAGUUCUGACUCCCACGCCCUUCAGGUGUCCAUCAGCGAGGAAAGUGGACCUGGGCACCUGCAGGACUUCCACAGUGAUGAACAUCCUCCAUCUGAUGAGUUGGAGAUGCUGUAUUUUGACCUCAAACAUGCCAGCCUUACGCCAUGUGGAACACUUCAGCCUUUAUCCAAGAGAGACUACAGGUCCUCCUUUAUCAGACGCUGCAAAAACGACACCAUCAACGAGAAACUGCACCUAGUGAGGACCCUCAACAGCACUUUAAAGGCCAAAGAGGCAGACCUUCUGGCUAUAGAGCAGGUUCUGGGUGAUUCUGCUUUGGAAGCCAGUAAAUACCGUCUGUGGAGGAGUGCUAAUGUGCUCUUGAUGGAGGAGAUCAGCCACAAGGUUCAAACUGCGGAGGAAACAUUGCAAACCCCUCAGCUUAUUGAGCCCCUUCAAACUCCUCCACAAUGUUCCCCUCCAGCUAUUUACGCAGAGACCACCCUGUGAGUGCAGUAGCAAGAAUCGUCUAUUAAUUUAAAUGUUUUAAAUUAUACAGUAUUGGACCUUCUUACAGGUUAGAUUUUUUAAGUGUUACUUUUUAAUGUAAUUUAAGAAGCAUGGCUCUAUUCAUCAGCAUCCUCUGUUAAUUUAAUUUGUAUGUCAUUUUAGACUAUAGUAUUAAAUGAACUCUGCUUGGUUUUAAGAGUUUGAAAUGUUGUGGGUCUGAGGCAGAUGGCAGAUGGCAGUAUUGAGAUUCUGUUAAUGCUGCAAUAACUCGUUUCUGGGUGUUCAGGAAAAUGUAAGAUCACAUGUUUUUGUCCUUUUUUAGUCCAAAAGAUAUUUAAAUAUGGUACACUUUGCAAUUCAGAAGCAUGUGAGUGAAUGUUUUUAUCACUCUAACUUGUGAAUACUGUGAAAACCAUUCUGCACUCCAAUCGUAUAAGGGGAUACACUUGCUAUCUAUCACUAAAUGUUCAUUUCAGUAAAAAAAACACUUUAUCACUGUUACCUUCACACACCUUCUACUGUAAUUCUGCCUCAUGGUAAAAAAAAGGUGAUGUAUAGCUUUGUUUCAGACAUGGACAUUUCAUGGUUUAUGUUUUAAUAUCCAACUCCAGGCCUAGCAAAUUCUCACUGGUUGUUAGUCAUGGUUAUAAGAACCCUCCUCAUCUGAUGGAGUGUUGUGUGGUAUGAAUGGGAUAGAGUUAAAUUCUUCUUUUAAGGCAUAACUUGCAGAUAAAAAUGUUUUUUAGUGUUUUAGAUAAAUGUGUGUUUACUACUGUAAAUAAUAUCCUGAUGUAUUAUAUUCAGUAUGUUGCUAUGUCUAUGGAUGAUUGUUUGUUUUGUAAAAUAUUUUUGUUUUUUUUAAAUGUGUGUCAUUCUGUAAAUUAAAUACUUAGUGCUGGUGACAAUUAUUA